AUGAAGGAGAAAUCUAAAAACGCGGCCCGGACUCGACGGGAAAAGGAGAACAGUGAAUUUUAUGAACUGGCCAAACUGCUGCCGUUACCCUCCGCCAUCACCUCCCAGCUGGAUAAAGCGUCAAUCAUCCGGCUCACCACAAGCUACCUGAAAAUGAGAAUAGUCUUUCCUGAGGGUCUUGGGGAGUCCUGGGGUCAUGUGAGUCGCAGCAGUUCUCUGGAUGGAGUCAGCCAGGAAUUGGGCUCCCAUCUAUUACAGACGUUAGACGGCUUCAUCUUCGUGGUCGCUUCAGAUGGGAAAAUCAUGUACAUAUCAGAAACAGCAUCAGUCCACUUGGGUCUGUCGCAGGUAGAAUUGACAGGAAACAGCAUCUAUGAAUACAUCCAUCCAGCAGACCAUGAUGAAAUGACCGCCGUCCUCACAGCACACCAGCCUUACCACUCACACUUUGUUCAAGAGUAUGAGAUGGAGCGCUCCUUCUUCCUGAGAAUGAAAUGUGUCCUCGCUAAAAGAAACGCUGGUCUCACCUGUGGAGGCUACAAGGUGAUCCACUGUAGUGGCUACCUGAAGAUCCGUCAGUACAGCCUGGACAUGUCCCCGUUUGACGGCUGCUACCAGAACGUCGGGCUGGUGGCAGUUGGUCACUCGCUGCCGCCCAGCGCCGUCACCGAGAUCAAACUGCACAGCAAUAUGUUCAUGUUCAGAGCCAGCCUGGACAUGAAGCUCAUCUUCCUGGACUCACGGGUUGCAGAGCUGACAGGCUACGAGCCUCAGGAUCUAAUAGAGAAGACGCUCUAUAAUCACGUCCACAGCUGUGACUCCUUCCACCUGCGUUGUGCUCAUCACUUGUUGCUGGUGAAAGGUCAGGUGACCACGAAGUAUUACCGUUUCUUGGCCAAGCAUGGCGGCUGGGUCUGGGUUCAGAGUUAUGCAACCAUCGUACACAACAGCCGCUCGUCCCGACCUCACUGCAUCGUCAGUGUCAACUACGUCCUCACGGAGACGGAGUAUAAAGGCCUGCAGCUCUCUCUGGACCAGGCCACGUCCAAGGCUUCUUUCCCCUACAGCAGCAGCAGCACGGCCAGCAGCGUCAUGGAUAGCUGCAGGACUCCCAAGAGCAAAGUGUCCCGCCUCAAGACCAAAGCCAGAUUGUCGCCAUACACACAGUAUCCCAGUUUCCAGACAGAACGGUCAGAGUCAGACCAGGACAGUCCGUGGGGCAGCAGCCCCCUCACUGACUCCGCCUCCCCUCAGCUACUGGAGCACAGUGAAGGCCUGGACGCCUCAUGUGUGUACAGGCAGUUCACUGAUCCUCGCACACCCUGCUACAGCCCGUCUGAGGAGCAGCACCACACACACCUCCACACACACGGCCAAGGUCAGCGUUGCGAGCGGAGUCGAUGUGAGGCGGGACGAUAUUUUCUAGGAGCACCUCCGCCCAGUGGCAACGUGUUCUGGGGCACCACCCGCUCCAUCAUACCGCUGAGCAAGAGUUCCCUGGAGAACCAUGAUGGAUAUCACAGCAGCAUGCCGCACAUCACAGCCAUACACAACUACAACGGACAGGCCCACUGGGACGAGGACAGUGUGGUCAGCUCUCCAGACGCCGGCUCAGCCAGUGACUCAGGGGAUCGAUACCGAGCUGAUCAGUACCGCUGCAGCCUGCAGGAACCCAGCAAGAUCGAGACGCUGAUCCGAGCCACGCAGCAGAUGAUCAAGGAGGAAGAAAGUCGACUGCAGCUGCGCAAGGCCCCCCCAGACUCCCCACUGGGACCAGCCAAUGGACUGCCCAAGGGCCCCGGUUCAUGCUUCACUCCUGAGUAUACUCAGGGGCCCCUGCCACUACAGUCAGUGGUGUGCAGAGGGUUGAGUCAGGUGAUCAGCCCUGCAAAUAGCCCUGCCCCCUUAUCCAGGCUGAGCAGUCCAGGGUCUGAGCGCCUCAACAAGCCCAAAGACUACCUCCAGACAGACAUGUCCCCCCUUUCUCUGCCAUUACACAACUCGCUUGGUCGGUCGGGCUCAUGCUCGGCUUCUCCCUCCCUGGCCCCGGCCCUCUACCCCUCCCACACCCACCCAAGACCCUAUUUGGACAAGCAUACAGCAUACUCCCUGACAGGCUACGCUCUGGAGCACCUCUAUGACCCGGAGAGCCUCCGGGGCUACUGCACCUCCACCAGCUCUGGCCCCACCCACUACGACGUGACCCCACACCUCCGCAUCCCAGCAGAGCAGACCCCCGGACACAAAGGCACCUCUGUCAUCAUUACCAACGGCAGCUAA